AUGGCGUCUGAGGGCAAGGAGAAUGUCGCUGUGGAACCUUUACUUGUUCCCAAUCCUCGAAGAUUCGUUGUGAUGCCCAUCCAAUAUCAUGACAUUUGGGAGUUUUACAAGAAAGCUGUUGCCUCCUUUUGGACAGUUGAGGAAGUCGAUUUGGCGAAGGACCUCACUGAUUGGGAAGGCCUUAAUGAUGGCGAACGUCAUUUCAUAUCUUAUGUUUUGGCUUUUUUUGCAGCCAGUGAUGGCAUCGUUAAUGAAAAUCUAACUUUGAACUUUUGUAACGAAGUCCAAAUUCCCGAGGCUCGUUGUUUUUACGGGAUGCAAGUCGCCGUCGAAAACAUCCAUUCCGAAAUGUACUCUCUUCUGAUUGAUACCUACAUUAAGGAUCCAGUGGAACGCGACUUUUUGUUUAACGCCGUUCAGACGCUGCCAUGUGUUGCUAAGAAAGCCGAUUGGGCUCUUAGGUGGAUUGCAAAUAGGAAGGCUCCAUACGCCGAGCGGCUAGUGGCAUUCGCUGCUGUUGAAGGCGUUUUCUUUUCUGGUUCAUUUGCUUCUAUCUUUUGGCUCAAGAAGCGCGGUCUCAUGCCAGGCCUCACCUUCAGCAACGAGUUGAUCAGCCGGGAUGAAGGCCUCCACACCGACUUUGCAUGCCUUAUUUUUAAACAUAUUGUCAACAAACCUACGGCAGAAAGAGUUUAUGACAUUAUGAGGGAGGCGGUUAGCAUUGAAUGCGAAUUUCUCACAGACGCAUUACCUGUCAAUCUUAUUGGCAUGAAUUGUCGCCUAAUGUGCCAAUACAUAAGGUUUGUUGCCGAUCGGCUACUUACAGAGCUGGGAUACGAUAAGAUAUACAAGGAUAAUAACCCUUUCGAUUUCAUGGAGAAUAUCUCUCUAGAAGGGAAGACCAACUUUUUUGAGAAGCGUGUCGCAGAGUAUCAACGUGCCGGCGUCAUGUCGCGCAUGAGAGGUGAAGACACUCACAAGUUUACUACUGAUGAGGAUUUCUAA